AUGGGUCUCGUUAUGCAACAUUACUCUCCACUUAGUGUGCCACAUGCCACUUCAUGUGACGUGGAGUUUGGCGGAUACACGAUCCCUAAGGGUACUGUAGUUUUCCCCAACCUGGAUUCUGUGAUGAGAGAUCCGGAGACCUGGGGUGACCCCGACAGAUUCCGACCUGAACGUUUCAUUGGAGAGGACGGCAAACUGUGGAGACCCGAAGAGUUCAUUCCCUUCUCUAUGGGUCGGCGCGUCUGCUUGGGUGAAACGAUUGCUCGAAUGGAAUUACUUCUUUACAUUUCAACAAUGGUGCAACACUUUCGAUUCCUACCUCCGGAAACUGGGGAGCUGCCAUCUUUGCAAGGCCUGCUUGGCAUUACACAUUCCCCUAAACAUUUCAAAGUUCGAUCUGUGCCUAGGAAAUGUCUGAAAAAGGAAAUAUCGGAAUGAAGUCAGCAAUGGAGAGGAUGGGAGUAUCUGAGGGCAGCGGACAUGGCUGCAGUAAAUCAGCGUGGGCCAGUCUCAGCGAUUUUUUACCUGUUCUUUUUAUCUUACACGUAGCAAGCACAGAUUGUUGACCCCGGAUUGUUGACCGGUUUCGGUGUCAAUCAAUUGCACUAAAAACAUUUUUAAACGGAUAGUGGGCCAAUAUUUUGUUAGAUUUCAUUUUACUGUCUGAUUACAAUCAUCAGUUUAUUUUCCCUCAGUGAUCAAUGUGUAAUUUAUCUUCUAUAACUAUGGAAUACUAAUACUUUAAAAUCAUCCUGAUGUAUAUCCUAAUCAUGACCUAAUGUAUGUUUGUAGGUCUGUGUGUGACAAAUGAAUUUUUUUGUGACAAAGAUAUGUGGAAUUGAGGAAAGCUUCCUACAAGAUAUUUUAAACACUUUGUGGGCAAAUAUUUGGUUAGAUUACUAUUACACUAUUUUAUUUAUUGUUUCUAGAGAAAUUGUUUAGAUAUAUCUUGUGUCAUAAGAUUCUUCAAAUUUUUUAUGUGGCUAUACAUUGUUUACUAUUCUGCUUUUGUUAUUUUUGGGAUUAAAAUAUUCUAAUUAAAUAUUCGUCCACCAGUAUGACUUAAAACUUAUGUAAUCUAUUGGUCAGUUUUAAUUAGAGUAGGUUAAUUUUCAUGGUUUAAUUUUAAUGACUAUACACCCUUGAUUUUUCUGUUUAUCUGCUUACAAUACACUGUAAACCAUGAUGAACUAUGAAUAAUGCUACAUGAAAUUUGUGUUGAGGGGUGACAAUGGUCACAUUCUCGACCCACACCAUGGAGAUGUUUUCCUUAUUAUUUAUUUAGAUCUUCUUUGCUUCAGGAAUAUUAAAGGACAAAAACAACUUAUGUCAGUAAAAUACUGUGGGUUGUUAUUCAUGUUGAGAUAGUUUCAAGCUGGUGUGUACAAAUAUAUGUGCAGUUAUUUAU